AUGAAUUAAACAAAUUGCUUUCCUAAAAUUUAAAAAGCUUAAUCAACAGUAAAGAAUUUAGAAUUUAUGUAGGCAAAACUUAUAAUAAGAACAGAUUGGGAUUAGAGUAUAAAUUCAAGCAUACCUCUUACAAUUAGAGCAGAAAUGUCUUCAAACAGGAUAAAAACUGAUUUAACAAAUAAAAACUUUUAAAGUAAUUCUGAGGUUUCUUAUCUAAAAACAAAACAUAAAAAAUUUCAAUCGAUUGAAAGCAGUAUUUAUAAAGAUCCAGAAUUAUCUUAAACAGUAAAAAUAAUAUUAAUAAUAAUAGAAAUAUGAUAAAUCUUUACAAAGUUUCUAUAGUACAAUGUAUAGAAAAUCGUAAAACAAAUUACAAUUCAAUAAUAAAAUUGAUAAAGCUGCUAUUAAAAAUUAAUGGUUGGAUUUUGAAGAUUUAUUAAAAGAUAAGAAUUUGAUGGAAAAUGGAUUGUAAAAAUACUUUUUUGAUAUUUUGAAACAUGAAAUAAAGCAAUCACCAAAUUAAUAAGUUAUUCCUCCAAAUAGAUAAUAAGCAAUAGAUUUAAAGGAAUGGUUAUUUUUUAUGCUAUAAAGAAUAAAAGAUUAAAGUAAAAGUUUAAGUGCAAUUUAAAUUGCUGAAGAAAUACAAUUAAUUUAUACAACAUGUUUUAAAGAAAUUAUAAAGUAAAUAUUAUUUAAAAUAUAGACAAGUAAAAGUUGAAUGUGUAGAGAGAGGUGAAUUACUUUAAAUUAUAUGGGAUUUUUAUAUCUAAUUAAUUGAUUAAAUAAUUAAGAGUUCAAAUUAAUAAAUGUAAUGUAUUGAAUUGGAUUUGAAAAAUAAAAUGAUUAAUUAAGAGACGUUUUAUAAUGAACAAUUGCAUUUUUAAGAACUCAUUUAUAAUGAAAGUAAGAAUUAAAUUAAGCAAUUAUAAUUUGAUUAUGAAAAGGCAUUAGAUGUUGAUUAAUAGUAAAAAGAAUAGAUAUUAUCACUAACAUAGGAAUAUAGAGAAGCACUUGAAAUAAUAGAAUCACAUAGAAAAUAAAUAGAUGAAUUAUAAUUAUAAAUUGUUAUGUUAAAAACUGAGUCAACAAAUGAUACUAAAUAAGAAAAUGAGAAAAUUAAUAUUUAAGUUUAAUAAGGAUAGUCAAUAGUUUCACAUUUAAUGAAUUUUCAAGCAAAAAUAGAUAAUAAUUAAAAGUAUAGAAUUAAAUCUCCGUUUAAAUCUUAAGUUAGCAAAUCUCCUGGUAGAUCUCCAAAAAAAAAUAGUUUUAUAUUAGAUAGGUGGGAAUAAUUAAGAUAUUAAGAGAAUUAAUUAAAAUCACAAAUUAUUUCACUAAAAUAUUUAGAUUUUGAUAAAGAUUAAUAACCAUCUUAAACUAAAAUAGUUUAAAUAAGUGGUACUGAUGAUAAAGCUAUUUAAACAGAAGAUUAAGAUUAGGAUAUAUAAAAUAGUAUUAAAGAAAAUUCAAAUUUUAUUAAUAGUUAAAAUAUUAAUGUUUAAGAAAAGAGUAAAGUAGUAUCUAAUGAUUUAGAAUAAAAAAUAACAAUGGCUUUGAAAUUAAUUGAAGAUAAAAAAUUGGAUGAAAAUUAAAAACAAUUAUUGUGUAGGACUUUAAGUGAAAGUAAAGAAGUAUGUGAAUAGAAUAAAACAUUAUCUUAGAAAUUGAUCACAAUGAAUAGAUUGGAUUCAAUGAAAAAAAUUUAAUUAAUGGAAAAGGAAGAGUUAUGUCAAGAAUUAGAGAUGAAGUUAUAAUAAACAGUAUAGGAUUUUAUUUCCAUAAUUUCAAAUAAUAAAAGGAAAUUAAAGAGAGUAUUGAAAAAGAAUUCUUAGUUGAUUGGAACCUUAAAAUAAAUAGAGAAUAAAUAUGAGAUUGUUAUUAAUGAUGUAGAAGCAAUAGAAGAAGAAGAAAGUCAUAUUAUAAAUUAUAUGAGUGAAGUAGUUUAAGAUGGAGAAGAAGAUUUGCUCAGUGGAAGAGAAUCUUAAUAUUUUAAUGAAGAUGAAUUUCGAUAAGAUUAAUAGGAAAAAUAAUUAAGUAAAAAAUCAAUAGAUAUGGGAGAUUCAAUUUAAUUAUAACAAAAAUAAUAAGAAUAAGAAUUUAAGUAAAUUAAUUCAGAAACUAGUCUUCAUGAACAAUAAAAUAAACUUGACAAUAGUUUUAAUAAUCUUCUUAAUCGUAAUGAUUUAAAUGAUAGUUAAAUGUAAUUACAUCAAACUUUAAGUAAUACUGAUGAAGAGAAUUGUAGAGAAUCUCGAGAUUAGAUAACAUCUAAUCAUUAAUAACAUAAUAUGAUAGAAAAAAAUCAAGAAUUGAAAUCAUCUAUUGUUAGUAAUCCAAAAAUGAAAAGUAGUUUUAAAAAAUAGUUAUCAAUUCAAAAAAUUACACAAUCCAUUAAUGAUCCUUCUAAAUCUUCAAAACAUCAUAAGAAAAAUCAAAGAAGUUAUUAAGAAAAUAAUCACUAGAAAAUACAAAAUAAUAAUUCUAAAAGUAAUUUAAAUAAUUAAAGAGAAAAAGAUGAAAAUAAUAAAAUGACUUAAAGUUAAAGAAGUUUUGUUGAGUCAGAAAAAAAUAAUUUAGAAGACGACAAAGAUUGUGCUUUAAGAAUUAAUGAUAUCAUAUCAUAAUAUAAAGAUAAGUAAUUGAAAAGUAAAUUUGAAAAUCAAAUAUUUAGAUUCCCUCAGUCAUAAAACUCGUUAAUUUAAUUUGCUAUAAGAGAAAUAACCAAAAAGAUUUAGAAGAGUUUAUAGUUAAAAUACAGAUGUAGCAAAUAAUUUGUUUAAAUAAGUGCUUAAUAGCAAGAAUUUGACCAAAACUUUAUCAUUUCUUCAAUUUAACAAAAUUAUUAAUUAAAUUUUAACUGAAGUUUCUAAAUAGAAUGAAGGAUAUAAAAUCCCUUUUCAUGUUUGUAUUUAUGAUUUUAUAAAAAAUAAAUACGGAUUUAAACAAGUUGCUGAAAAAAAAAUUAGAUAAGUAUUAAUAUUUCUAUUUUAAAGAUUUAUGAAUUUAUUGUCUUAGAAAAAGAAAAGAAUAUAAAAGUUUAGUUAAUUUCAAAAUAUUGUAAUAUAAAAGAUGUAAUUGAUGAAGUUGCUUAAAAACUAUUGAUAGAAGCUUUUUUAUUCUUUAAUAAUAAAAUUGAAUCAAAUAAAACUGAAUUUUAAAUUACAUACGAAUCAGCAAAUGAAUUUUUGAAUGAAAAAUGUUAACUUUGGUUAUAAGUCAACUAGAUACAGCAAUUAUAAUCUUAAUAUAAAGCAUAAAAUUAAUAAUAUGGAACUAAUAAAUUUUGCAUUAAUUAUGAUUAAUUUAUUUUAAAGAUUUUAGAUUUUUACAAUUUUAAUAAGAAAGAUUAUUAAAGAAUAUUAGAAACUUUAUUUAGAGCUGCUGAUUUAGAUGGGAAUAAGCUUAUAGAAUAUGAAGAAGUAAUAAAUAUAUAUUAAAAUUAGUUUAAAACUCUUUAUAGAGCUAUACAUAUCUAAUAAAUGCAGACUGAAAAUUUAUUAUAGAUGUUUUUAAAAAAUGCUGACUUUGCUGAUGAACAAGGAGAUAAAUAUUUAACUUUACCUAGAUUUACUGAAAUGGCAAUUGAAUUAAAUAUAUUUCCUAAAGAUGCUGUUAAAAAAUAUGGAGAAGGAUGUGAAAAAAUCAAAGAACAUUGGAAAAAUGAAAAAAAUACUAUAAAACUGAGAUUUUUAGAAGCUAAAUAAUUUUCAAAAGUUAAACAUACAUUUUAAGAAUUAGAUAAUUUAAUUAAUAAUGAUAAAAAAGAAAUUUAAAGUAAAAUAUUUCAAAAUUCAUAAUUUUAGAUGUUUUAUGGAUGAGUUAUAAGCUUCUCAAUGAAUAAUCUUUAAGAGUAUAAAUUAAGUAAAAAUCCUAUUUAUUUUUAGAUUUUUAACUAAACAAUGUCUUUUUGAAUUAUUACCAUAGGAAAUUCUAUAAAUUAAUCAUCAUUAUAAAUAACUAGAUACAAUUGAAUGA